AUGGAGGAUGAAGAUCGGCCUGGUUUCAGGGUACCGGUGUCUCAUCCUCGCAAACCUGCACAACCCAAACCUUCACGUCGAAGUCAGAGAUACCUACCCCUCACUCCUCCAGUUGAAAAAUGCUUCUUGUGCAGGGAGACAGCAGACGCAGCAGAGGUCACAGUCCAUCCUGUCAUCGCCACAAGUUCUCAUUUCACAUCUUUCCCAUGUUUUUUUCUUGAGCUAUUUGACAAUGAGGAGUAUGACUGCUGGACACCAGAAGACUGGCUUGCUUUGGGAAAUGCUGAGGGAUCACCUAAUCGGAAACCUAUUCCUGCAAAAGCCCUGCUGCCUACAGAUAAUGAGACCCCUUCUGAUGACCCACAGAGUCCACCCUUGAAAUGCAGCUGGCAUGUAGUUGGGGUACUGGACUAUAGCAAGGAGAAAUGUCAGUACCUGGUACAGAAGGUUCACCAGAACAGUGGACAGACAGAUGAGGAAGAAAAUCCAAAUAAGAAACACAGAAAGGGAAUAAACCACUUGGUAGCAGGCAGUAAAUACUGGGUACCCAGGAUCCGGCUGUUGUUCCAGGCUGAGGACCCACGUGUCUUUGCUGAACGGAUCCAGUUUGCCCUGCGUUACAGGGAGAACACAGAGGCGCUGCUCUUCUACCACUCAUCUGUGGACAACAUGCCCAUGUGGCCAGGAACACCAACUCUCAGCACUGACCAUCUUGAGCGCAUUAAAAGACGCGCCCUAUCAGCUCCUGGGCUCAGGCGAAGAAAUUUGGAGAAGUGUAUGGAGGACUUGGAGAAGGAGAUCAAACUGGGAUAUGAUCGGACUAUGAAGAGCAUGAUCUUUGACAAAAUGGUGAUGAGCCAACCUGAGAAGUUUCCAGACAUCACCCUGCCUCAGAAGAACCCUGAGUGUGUACCACAAACUGGCUGCGUUUCAGUUCCUCACUUUGACUAUGAAGAGACCCGAAAUGCAUUUGUCAAAAGAACCAUUCUAUCAAAGACAGAAGUGAUCCACGUAUUAUCUGAAAUGCGGUCUGAGUGCAACAAAGUCGUAGCCAUGACGCUGUUCGAUGUCGGCUCGGUCAAACCCUUUCGAUUGGAGAAGUUUAAAGACAUCCAGUCUGAAAUUCAUUAUCAGAUAAGCCUUUUUCUCAGAGAGAAAUGGACAGCCACGCUGAGUCGCAGCAUUUGUCACAACCUGAUAAAUAUUGGCAAAGGCUGGUACAACAUGAUGGAGUCUAGGUGGGACAUUUACAAGAUGUCCAAGCUGUACAAGCUGAUGCUUGUGGUUCGUUUCAACCAGCAGGAUUCUCUGCGUCACCUGGUGCAGGACUCACUGGUCAGUCUGACUCAGCUGGUGCUGGACGCCUGCCACAGUGUGCUGACGUGUCCUCAGGACCUGGUCUGGGAGGACAACCUCCUCACCAGCCCCUACAAGCCAAAGAAGAAUCCUCUGUUCCUAUUGGAUUUGGUUUUAGACCAGACUGGGGUUCAUUACAGCACUCCUCUGGAGAGUUUUGCGACAUCUUUUGUCGACCUGUUUGAUAAAGGCAUUCAGGUCACAUACAGCAUACCACAGUUUGAUAAGUUUGUGAUGCAGAAUUUGGUUUUUGCUAAUGAUCUGUGGGUCGAGUCAGUCGCUUUGUGGGAACCAGAAGUAACGGAGCUGAGAGAAAAGAUCCGCAAUGCUCUGAUACAAGCAGCUAUACCUCUCAAGGCAUAUGCUGCUGAAUAUGAGAAACAUUUAGAGCUUCACAACUUGGAUAUAGAAACUCUUCUCAAAUCUCAUAAUGUAGAACAGACAUCCCAAGAGCUGAAGAAACAAGUGGAACAACAUCUCAAAGAAAAGGAUAGGAUUGAACUCUCCUUGCCAUCUUCAAUUGUAAUUGGUCCAUUUGUUGUCUGUGUAGAGGCUGUACGUCAGUCUCUCACAGAAAAAAGAAAGGCUUUAGCCAAUGCACUGCUGGACCGUUUUGUUGUGAAGCUAAGCAGUCAGAUCGAUAAUGCUUGUGAAGAGUGUUACAAUAUAAGCAGAAAGCUAUGUGAGAAACCCAACAGCAUUGAGGAACUGACUGAAAUGAGGGAAUGGAUGAAACAAAUCCCAGAGCUGCUCAAGAGUUACGAGGAGUGUCUUGACAAGAUCUUGCCAGAAUAUGAGCUGUUCGAAGAAUUUUGCUACAACCUAUCGAAUGAGGAUUUUCACAAAAAGUGGAUGGCUAUUGGGUGGCCCCAAAGGAUAAUCAGCCAGAUGGAAUUAGUAGCCUUCCAGCAUGUGGAGGAUGAGGAGCACUUCCGCAAGCGCCAUCGAGUUCAUUGGAACAACUUCGCGGAGCAACUGAACUUUCUGGAGAUGCGUUUUGUUGGGUUUGUGAGACACUCGGACAUUGAUCGUGCCCACCAGAUGGCCAACAAGGUUAAACAUUUUAGCAAGCAACUUCAGGAGUGCCAGACUACGGCCCAAACAAUCAACACCAGAGAACGUCUGCUUGGUGUGCCUGUUACAAACUAUGAUCGUGUGCAGAAGCUGGUGGAGGACCUCCAGCCUUUCCAAGACCUUUGGAUCACCACUUCUGAUUGGCUAGAGUGCAGUGACUUGUGGCUCAGAAACCCGCUGUCUUCAAUUGACCUUCAAAAGCUUGAGUGCCACAUCAGUGAUGCCCUCAAGACCUUACGCAGAUGUAUUAAACAGCUCGAGGACAUUCCUGGCUGUCAAAAAGCAGCAACUGUAAUCCACGGCAGGAUUGAGGACUUCCGUUCUUAUGUCCCUCUAAUUCGGAGCCUGAGAAACCCAGCAAUGAGGAGCCACCACUGGAAGAUGCUUUCCGAACACGUUCAGAUAAAAGUCCACCCCAAAGCCAGCUUGACCCUUUCGCGCUGCUUGGAGCUCGGCCUACAGAACCACAUGGAUGCAAUCGCUCAUGUGGCUGAGGUUGCUGAAAAAGAACACAGUACUGAACAGAUACCACUGUAGAGCACUGCAACAGUAAUAAUAUUCUAAAUGUAUUGUGGCAUUAAAUGCUCUGUGUUGAGUGUGUGAAAAAUGAAGCAUCACUGCUCGCUGUCCCCCCCUGUAGGAAGAAGAUGUAGAAGUUAAAAUGCCACAGAAAACAUUACUUUUCACGUGACAAGUAAACAGGUCUUCUUAAGUGACCAUUUGGUGAAAUAAUAAAUAAAAUACCAUACUGACACGUGAA